UCCAGUUCCCGUUCUCCUCUUUUCCCCACCUGCCUUUGCUCAAACGCCGACCGUCUGCUCGGUCGACCACCGGUCCUCGUCCUACCUUCCACCUGCAUCAGUUGCUCGCUCCUGCACGGCAUUGCUCAUUCCUUUAUCGGCAGGGAAAAUCUCAGCACAACAACGGAUUCCAGUUUCCGGCAGCAACGUCAUUCCACAGUACCCCCUACCCCAGAGCCGCUCUCUUGUGACCCAAGUCCCCAACCGUUCCCCGCAACUAGCCGCAAUCGCGCAUAAUCCGAAAUUAUGGGCUCGUUUAUGGAGGAUCUUUGGUCUAGCAUCUUUACCCCGGGUCCCACCCCCACCCUCCUCAUCGCGACCAACGUCACCUUCGCCGCCCUCCAAGCCCUCCUGUUUGCCCUGCUGGUGGCCACGUACAGCAUCCACUUUGUCGUCCUAUCUGUCUUGUCCGGUGCCCUAUGGUGGUCCAUCAACUGGUUUGCUCAGGAGCUGAGGCGGGUGCAGGCGGAGGAGGUGGAGAAAAAGCAGCUCUCGGAGGAGCCUGCAGAGAGCCAAUCCUUGGACGGCAAUCGGAAGACCCCGGGUGCGCUCGACAGUGCCGAAAGUGAUACAGAGACAGAAAGCUUGCCCGAGCGCAAAGGUGCAGCUGUCACCGCUGCCGCUCCUCGGUCCAUUGCUGCUUCGGCAACUCUCCAGCCCCCUGAAGAGCACGGCGGAGUUCGGAAGCGCCUGAGCGUGAGCGGCGACAGCUCGGGUUACCAAAGUACCGAUAGCGAGUGGGAGAAGGUGGAUGACGGCAAGGCAACCUAGGCAUGCAGUGUGGGACAUUGUCGGGGACUGACAAUGCACCCGAGGGGCCCGUGUGGCCCACCAUUGUCUAUACGUUGCAUCAUCUACACCAUACUUUCAUGUCGUAUCCUAUAUCGAAGAGAGGCAUUCUGAUUUCUCGUACCGGCGAGAUACCCAUAGAUGACUGAUACACGCCGGGAAUGAAUUAGAGCUUGUGCUAUAACCAGUUACUGUACUCCGUAUAGGUUCCUG